CGGAGCUUCGCCUUUAUAAAGAGUUUCUCGGUCUUUAGCACCGUCUCAGUUGUCGGUGAGGCCGGCGGGGCGGAUCCCACACUAGAGUCAAAGAGAAAAUAAAGCAACACAACAACAAUAAUAACAACUUGGCCGUUUCCUACAUUUCACUAGCAAGCUCCCCUGUGGAUAAAUACCUUAAAGAUGCCCUCAGCGAUGAAUGCAAACAGGACAGUGCAGUCUGCCAGCCCAGAUGUGGGAUCCGCUCCAGGGUCAAUGGGUAAUUUUGCUGGACAGCCUGAAGUCAUGAAGCAAGUGCUGUGCGUACUCGACAAGAAGGUCCGCAACAUGGAGAAGAAAAAGAGUAAACUGGAUGACUAUCAAGUUAGGAAGGACAAAGGGGAAAGUCUCAAUCAGGACCAGCUGGAGGCCCUCUCCAAGUUCCAGGAAAUAAUGCAUAACUUAGAAUUCGGCCGAGAGUUGCAGAAGACGUUCAUGUCCCUGGGACAAGAUAUCCAGAAGGCAGUAAAGAAGACUGCAAGGCGAGAACAGCUGCAGCGGGAGGAGGCUGAGCAGAAGCGACUGAAGACGAUUCUGGAGCUGCAGUUCCUCCUGGACCGACUGGGAGAGGACGCUGUGCGGCAGGACCUGAAGCAGGGAGUCAGUGACUCACCGCUGCUGACGGGUGCAGACCUCUCAGCUUUUGAUGAGUUCUAUAAACUGGUUGGGCCAAACCGUGACCAAAGCAUCAGGUUGGUUGACCAGUAUGAAGAAGCAUCAGUGCACCUCUGGGAUCUGCUGGAAGGGAAAGACAAGGCUGUGGUUGGAACAACAUACAAGGCUUUGAGAGAGAUUUUGGACCAGGUUCUGCUCAGUGGGUACUUUGACCAGGUUCCAUCUCACCAAAACGGUAUGUGUGAGGAGGAGGAGGAGGAGGAGGAAGAGGAGGAGGAAGAAGAGGCAGUCUCAGCAGCAGCAGCAGCAGCUUCAGUGGUGGCAGCAGCAGCCGUAGCUGAGUCGUCAGAAGCAGAAGAGCAGACUGCUGAUCCAGAAACUGAAAUCAUUGAGGAGUUCACAGAGCCCAUUGCUGUGGAGAUGACAGAGUUUAUAAACAGACAGUUCAUUCCAGAUGGCACAUACAGCGGCAGUGAGAAGGAGCAGGGGGACGAGUGGACCACGGAAACAGAGGCAGUCGGGGCACUGCAGCAGCAGCAGCAGCAGCAGCAGCAGCCUAUGCAGCCUGCCGUUUCACCUGUUGCUAUGGAGACCCACCCCUUGAAUUUAGCUUCUCCUGUGCCGCCCACGGACCCUUUGGUCAGGAAGCAGGUGGUGCAGGACUUAAUGGCACAGAUGCAGGGAACUUACAACUUCAUGCAGGACUCGAUGCUGGAGUUUGACGGACCGCCCAUUGACCCCGCCAUUGUCUCAGCACAGCCCAUGAAACCCGCUCAAAACAUGGACUUACCGCAGAUGGUGUGUCCUCCAGUUCACCCAGAGUCCCGGCUAUCGCAACCCAACUCUGUUCCUGUCCAGCCUGAGCCCACACAAGUUCCUAUCAUUUCCCCAACUCCGCCCCCCAUGUAUCAAAGUUCACACACGCCAGAUCCUCGACCCCCAACAGAAAACAUCGACCCCGUCCAGACCUCCAUGUCGUUGUCGUCAGAGCAGCCUCCGCCCUCCACAGCUCUCCAGCCUGCCUCUCAAACGCAAGUUUUCCAGCCUGUCUCCAAAGCUCCGCACAGUAGUGGCAUCAAUGUCAACGCAGCACCAUUCCAGUCGAUGCAGACAGUGUUCAACCUCAAUGCCCCAGUCCCGCCAGCUAAUGAGACAGAGGCUUUGAACCAGGCCAGCCAAUACCAGAACAGCUACAACCCAGCCUUCAGCAGCCCGCCGCAGCAUCCUGCGGAGCAGACAGAGAUGCAGUCCGAACAGCUGCAGUCUGUUGGUGCCUUCCAUUCCCAAGACCAGUCAGGAGGCCAUCCGCAGCCUCCGCAGCAGGGCCCAGGCUUCGUCAGGCAGGGCCAGUCCUUCUACAACAGCAGAGGCAUGUCCCGCGGUGGACCUCGCAAUGCCAGGGGGAUGAUCAAUGGCUACAGAGGCUCAUCGAAUGGGUUCAGAGGUGGCUAUGAUGGUUAUCGUCCUCCUUUCGCCAACACUCAAAACUCUGGUUAUGGACAGACUCAGUUCAACACACCUCGGGAUUACUCCAACGGGAAUUAUCAGAGGGAUGGUUACCAACCGAACUACAAGCGCGGAGCGGGUCAGGGACCCAGAGGAGUGUCGAGAGGCAGUACUCAGGCAAUUCGAUCCUGAAAAGGCCUUUCAUAAUGACUGUGACUGACUAACUUGCACCACACUGAAAAUUCAAAUUCAAAAACGCAUUCGCCCCAGCUCACUCAUGUUCUCUCUUUUUUUGUUCUUUAUCAGUGGUAUUUUUCCUGUCUCUUAAAUCAAAGUAAACACUGCUUUGGUAUUUGGAAAUAUUAAAUCAUUUAAAGUCUGAAACACAAGCUGAGCUGUGAAUCUCAUCAUCGAUUUACUCAAGCCAUGUGUUACAAUAUUCCUGUAAACUUGAAAGAUUUCAUAAGUUAUUUUUUGUAUAAAAAAUGCACCUGCCACUGCUGGUCCAACCCUUGGGAGUUUGUUUCCCUUCUCGGUUCUUUUUUGUCAUUUUGGUUUCUAAAAAAACGUUUUUAUGUUCAAUGAGCUCCCGUUUCCUUGUUUGUAAAUUGAUGUUGCUUCAAGAGUUUCAAUAAAGUUGUGUUGCAUA